UCCUCCUGCCCCUCCCGCGGCGCCAGCUGAGCCAGAGGCGGCCGCCUGCAUCUCCCCUUCUUCCCGCGGCUGCCGAGCCGCUCCCGGGAUUCCUCCGGCCCGGGUCACAGCGGAGAGGGGGGCCCCAGCCAGGAUUUUGAAUGUACUGAACCCCAUCCUUUCCCUGGAAUUGUGCUCCAUUGAGAAGAGUCCCACUGAAUCCUUACUGCUAACAAAUCUGCUGUUCAACUGAGUGGAUUUCAAGAGCUGCAAAACUGCCAGAGCUACAAUCUUGCAUAAGAUCUUACUGCAUUUCAUUCACAAUGAUGCUUCCAAGAUCUCCCUGGCUCAAUGCUCUGCUCCUGCUGCAAAAUGCAAACUUCUUGGCUUAACCUUCAACUCCCACCAUGUGACUCAAGAAUCUCUUGAUGCCAGCUGCCAAAGGGGCACAGAGCUUGCAGAGUCAACCAGAAAGGAGCACACAGGAAAAAAUAAGCCAUGGGGGUUAGCCUGGUCGUGUGCUAAGACGAUGAACUUUGGGGGCAUAUGUUGGAGAUGAGGAAGACACCCCUUUAUCCUGCACUUAGGAAGUAAACUGACAGCACGUUUACAUUCGUGAAAACUGGAUCCCAAUCAGCCUUGCAAAGGGCUUUGAAUGAGAUUUCUGUGAGCUGCAGAGUCAAUAAAGAAAUGUCCAUCCUACGUUGAUGCUUGCACCUCAUUGACUUGACUACAGAGUUUUCAACAGAAAUUGAAUAUGGCCUAGUAGGAUUGACUUUUGGAGAAUUUAUGAUGUCCUCCGGUGUUAGUAGAAGCAAGAACCGGCAGGCUGUGAACCUGCAGGGAGUUGACCCAGAAACAUGCAUGAUAGUGUUUAAAACGCACUGGGGACAGGUUGUAAAAAUCCUAGAGAAGCAUGACCCUUUGAAAAAUACUCAGGCGAAAUAUGGGGCAAUUCCACCAGAUGAGGCCAGCACUGUGCAGAAUUAUGUGGAGCAUAUGCUUUUCUUAUUAAUUGAGGAGCAAGCAAAAGAUGCUGCAAUGGGGCCUAUCCUUGAGUUUGUAGUCACAGAGAACAUAAUGGAGAAACUCUUCCUUUGGAGCUUGAGGCGGGAGUUCAACGAUGAGACAAAAAUUGAGCAGCUGAAGAUAUAUGAGAUGCUGGUUACUCAGUCCCAUCAGCCUGUGCUGCAUCACAAGCCCAUCUUGAAGCCUUUGAUGAUGUUGCUGAGCUCUUGCUCAGGAACGGCCACACCAGCUGUGGAGUUGGAGCUGGUCAUCCUGCUGAACCAACUCUGCUCUAUCCUAGCCAAAGAUCCUUCCAUUCUGGAACUGUUUUUCCACACCAGCGAGGACCAAGGAGCUGCCAACUUUCUCAUUUUUUCCCUUUUGAUUCCCUUCAUCCAUCGGGAAGGAACAAUAGGUCAGCAGGCUCGUGACGCUCUGCUCUUCAUAAUGUCCCUGUCAGCUGAGAACAACGUUGUUGCAAAUCACAUAGUAGAAAACACCUACUUUUGUCCUGUACUAGCAACGGGACUGAGUGGCCUCUAUUCAUCUUUGCCUACAAAGCUGGAAGAAAAUGGAGAAUGGCACUGUCUGCUGAAAGAUGACUGGCUCCUGUCCCCAGCUCUUGUUCAGUUCAUGAAUUCCCUAGAGUUUUGCAAUGCAGUAAUACAGGUGGCACAUCCCUUGAUUCGUAACCAGCUUGUGAACUACAUUUACAAUGGGUUUUUGGUGCCAGUAAUGGCUCCUGCACUCCAUAAGGUGACUGUGGAGGAGGUAAUGACUACAACUGCAUACCUGGAUCUCUUUUUGCGCAGUGUUUCAGAGCCAGCUCUACUCCAGAUUUUCUUGCGUUUCAUCCUGCUGCACCAGCAUGAGAAUGUGCACAUCCUAGAUACGCUCACGAGCCGAAUCAACACUCCAUUUCAGCUCUGUGUGGUAUCUUUGGCAUUGUUCAGAACACUCAUCGGCUUACACUGUGAAGAUGUGAUGUUACAGCUAGUUUUAAGAUAUCUGAUCCCAUGUAAUCACAUGAUGUUGAGUCAAAGAUGGGCUGUGAGGGAAAGAGACUGUUACUCAGUAUCUGCUGCUAAACUGCUUGCUUUGACCCCAGUCUGCUGCUCUACUGGGAUUACACUGACUGUUGAAAACCAAUCAAAAGAUUACAUCCUAUGGACAAAGGCCACACCCAAUGCAGGUUCUUCCGUAGGCUAUUGCGAAUCUAUGUGCAUUGUGAAAUAUGGAAGAGCUGUGGACAUCAGUUACCUGCAGUACCUGUGGGAAGCUGAAGCCAUCAUUCUCCACUGCAUGAAAGACUGCCGGGUUUGGUCUGCCCCGUAUGAUGGGGAAGACCCUGACCCAGACACCUUUAUCCAAACGCUGGCAGAGGAGAACAGUAAAAGUGUGGAGCACCCUAUGUUCCGACCCCAGCAGCAAACUUCCAGUAACUGCAGUUCUUCUCAAAUUACUCCAUUGGGAGAGAAGAUACAGUUGGAGCUGGAAUGGGAUGACAGCUACGACACAGGGAUUUCUCCUGGGUCUGAUGUGAGCUCACCCCAGCCUUUUGAUGAUCUAGGGACUGUAGAGAGACAACUGCCUGCAGAGCCACCAAAGCACAUUCAAGAGAUGAAGAAGAAUGCAAUCAUGCUUGUCAGAGGGUCUUACAUAGAAGAAUCAGAUUUUCAGGAUGAUGUCAUGGUUUACAGGUUAUGUGCCCAAAAGGAUGCUCAGGAUAAUGACAAUUCCAAGGAGGAAACUUUAAGUACAGCAACUGAAUCUCAAAACACAAUUCAAAGCCAGCCCAUUAAGAGGUCUUUGAAAAACUCACAUCCAGAAACAGAGUUAAAGGAACACAAUAGGAAAAAUUCAGGUUUGCUUCAGGAUGUAACAAAUGAACAAAUAAACCAAAAAGCUGUUGAAACAGACCGACAACCAGACUUAGAGCUGAAACUCUCUCCUCCAGAAGCAGAUCAAAACUCAAAUGUGAGGCUGCUGAGCCCAGAUAGUGAGGAAUUUAUUGCACAAUAUGACAAAAUUAUUGAAGAACUGGAUUCUAACACAACAGGCUUGUUAGAGGAGCAGAAAUUGUUGACACCUGUAUCUCCAGUGGAAGAGGAGGAGGACUUUGAAAAUUUUUCAGUGGACACUCCUUCUACAGAAAGUAUACUGUCUCCAUUUGGGCCAAAGGAGGAUACGUUUUCCAACCAUCCUGCAAGGAGCCAGAAUGCUGCAUUUACAGGGCCAUUUAUCAGCGUAGUGCUGUCAAAGCUGGAGAAUAUGUUGGAGAAUUCCUUGCAUGUUAACUUGCUGCUCAUUGGGAUUAUUACUCAACUGGCCAGUUACCCGCAACCUCUUCUUCGUUCCUUUCUGCUCAAUACCAACAUUGUAUUGCAGCCCAGUGUACGGUCAUUAUAUCAGGUGCUGGCAUCUGUGAAAAAUAAAAUUGAGCAGUUUGCAUCCAUCCAAAAAGAUUUUCCAGGUCUUCUUAUACAGGCCCAGCAGUACUUGCUUUUCCGAGCGGACAUGUCUGAUGUGGCUCCAGAGUUACUGACCAAAGAGAACAUCCAGCACAACAGCAGCACAGGGAAAGGAAGAAAUCUUUCUGAAGCUUCCCAAACCCUGCUCCAGCCUUUCUUGGGACACAGAGCAAAGAGAGUAACGGCUCUUCCUGGUAUUCCCUUGCCUGUGAGGAACAGCGUGCUGGCAGCUGCCCUUUUCCCAGAGUUUCUGAAGGAGCUAGCAGCUCUUGCACAGGAACAUUCCAUCCUGGGUUACAAAAUACGGGGUGAUGUUGAGGAUUAUUAUUAGGGUCAUUUUUACAGAUUUUUUUUUUUCUAAUAGAAUUAGCAGAUUUUUAAAUGCAAAGCUGCUUACAAAAGAAAGUUCUACUUUGAUACUUCCUGACAAUACUUGAUCUGGGAAAAAAUCUCAUUCCAUGGUACCUUUAUAUUGGGCCUUAUGACUUCCAACUGUGCAACAUACUAAUAUGAUAUAUUCCUGAGGGGUUCUGUCAUUUCGAAUAUGUACCCCUCUUCCCUUGUGCAUAUACACAACUUCCUUUACCUCACUGCUCCUCUUUUCAAUUCUGGCCGAGAAAAUUGGGUUGCCUAGUGGGAGAAAUACCUGAUAUGUAAAUAUAUAUGAAAACUGCACAAAAUUGGUCAAAUAAGCCUUCUGUGUUAAGGACCAAGAUUUUUAGGGGGUUGAUUGCUUUAUUUUUAAAAGGGGAGUCUACAGUGCCACGUCUGAAAUCCCCUUUACCAGUGGCUGAGGUUGUGAAUCCAAGUGUUCUCAUGUGUUAUAAAUGCAUGACUAGCUGAAAGCAGGUGCUGUACCCAACACAUACCGUAUUGCCUUAUGUUGCAUACAAAUCUGCAGCUAUCAGCUGUUGGUCUUCUGAAGUCAAAUGAAAUGUGUAAGUGGAUGCAGAGUGCAGACUGCUUGGAAUUUUCCUUGCAGUUUCUCAGCAUUCUUUGAUAAAUAUUAUAUUGCUACCUAAAAUCUCAAGCAAGCCUUAUUUAGUAAAAUUUGCACAAAGUACAAAGCAAAGUGUUUCUAUGCAAGCUCUAAAAAAUUUGUGUUCUUCUAUUGAUAAGCUGAAGAAAAGUAUUCAGUAUCUUUCAGUAGUGUUAAAAGGGCAACUCUGAUCUAUUUUUGUUAAGUACUGCUUUUUAUGAAAAAGGACAGCUUGCCUCUGAAAAGGUGUUCUUAAUUUUUUUUUAAAGGUCAUUUUGAACACUGGUUAUUUAUUUUUUAAGUUAUGCGCUAGCUUUUCCUAAUAUUGCACUUUUGGGGUAAUGGGGAGGGAGGAGGAAUGUUCAGUACUUGGAGAGGAAAAAGUAACAGGGAUAAUUGAAAACGGUUGCUAGUGAUUAACAGCUUAAGAAAAUUCUCUUCCGUGAGUAAUGAGGUUCAUUAGAAGAACCCAAACAUGAUGAAUUGGUGCAUCACUGCAGCAUUUAGUCUUACUCUUAGUGGCAUAAUUGUGCUUCCAGUGCUAUACAUGAAUGGGGGGCUCAGUUCAUGAAAGCCUUAAUGCUUCCCCUUUCUACUACGAGGAAACUAAAACAAUCCCAAAGCACUGGAAACAGGAGGUAAGAAUGAUAUUAAAGCAGUUUUUGUUAUGCUGCUGGUUGUAAUUCCCCAAUACUGAAAAGCCCCAUUUUAUAACUUCCCCAAUUUCAAGCAUAUUAUCUUCACUUAAGGAAUGUAAAUGAAAAGCCUCUAAGAAGAAAGAUCAGGUUAAAUUUUGUAAAGUACCUAAGUGACUUAGGAGCUGAAGUCCCAUUAACUUUCAGUGGUCCUUGGUCACAUGGGGGGUAUGUCUACACAGUAGUUAAACACCUGCAGCUGGGCUGGGCUCGUGGGGCUUGGGCUGCAGGCUUAUAAAGUUGCUGUGUAGAGGUUUGGGCUUCAGCUCUGAGACCAUGGUGGGGGGUGGUGGUGGUGGGAGGGUCACAGAGUCCAUGCUCCACUCUGAGAGCCCGAAUGUCCAUACAACAAUUUUUAGCCCCACAGCCUGAGCCCCACGAGCCUGAGUCAGCUGGUCCAGGCCAGCCACCAUCUUUUAUUCCAGUGUAGCGAUACCCAUAAGUGCUUGGAAAAGUGCACCUAUCAUCCAUAGCAGGGAGAGGUAUAGUAGUGCCUGACUGCAUUAAGUCUUGUCUGUAGGAGACACUAAAAAUCCUAAAGUGGAUCUGCACAGAUUGCCACAUGCAAAUACUUCCCUGGACCUGCCAUCACUCGUCUGUCUAGGUAUUUUAAUGUACUCAAUUCUGUGGUGUCUGAACACCAGCUUCCCUCCCUCACAGCCCUGGCUGCUGCCUCUCAACCCUUUGUGCUUAGGCCCAUGCAUCCCUCCAGGUCACUUUCUUCUCUGUUGCUCCUGUUCCGUGCAACUCUUUGCCUGUCAGAUGCAAUUCCACCAAAUCACACUCUAGCCUCCUUGCUGCUGCUCUGCUCACCACCCAUUCGAUUGCCUUUUGUUUUUUAACUCAUUUAAUUUAGGAAUGGGAGAACUCUUCUACUGAUUCCAGUACUGCUGGAGCCAGGGCCAACCACCAGCCUCAGGCCCCUUUCCUUCUCCUAGCAGCUGGUAGGUUCUUCACUCUCACUCACACACCCCUCACCUUAGAACUGUGGUUCAUGCCUGUUCUCUUAUAAAUUAGCUGUGAGGGGAAGAGAGAGAUCACUUACCGCAGUGCUCCAGCCUAAUCUGGGCUGGGUCAGUGGCUGCUGAACGCUGUAAACACUGAUCUAAUCUAUUCCCAUGUCAUCAAAGUAUAGCCACUGCCUUCUAGCAAGAAGCUGAUGUGAGUGCUUUAAAAUGGACUAAAUACAUGUAAUAAUAAAAUAAGCAAACUUCAAUGAGUCAUAACCAAGUGGGGAUUUACUCCCAAAAAACUAUCCACAUUUUUAAAAACUGUUAAUGGGGUGAAUUUGUUUGGUAAUUCUCCCUUUCCUUGCCUUUAAGUUAAAAUCAGACCAUUAACUCUUUUUUGUGAACUGUUUAGGAGUGGUUUCAUUUUAAAUGGUCUUUUUUGUUUUUAAAUGUGCUUAUUCAUUACAAUAGUCUGUUCUGAAGACAUAAAGGUAGAUGGAGACCUUAAAAUGUGGACUCUGCAAACUAGAUCUGUAAGUUUUGGGGUUUGGACCCAGUAAACUGUAAUGGUUCCAGAGGAGUUACUCCAGCCUACCAAAUUAGUGAGCUUUAAAAACCCUACAGCGGGCAGAGGAAUUCUAACUGACAAGUCAUUACACUGUAUGUGCAUAAGGUAUGCUUUAAACAAAGGAAAACCGUCUGUCAUCUAUCUAAAAGGAGAGACCAUAUUAUGGACUUAUAAAUUGGCAAGUGAUUUGUCAAUUUUUGAUAUAUUUGCUAUUUCCUUUGUAUAAGUCUGGUCGGUUUAUACUCAAACUCUAAACUGUCCAAAUAAAGAUUCAAUAUACAUUAUAUGACUUCCGGUCUGAGAUAUCAUAGGCAGGGUUUCAGCGAGGGCUGAAUUACAGAACCAUAACCUCCAGCAUCCUGAGAAAAAACGAACUAUGAUGUUGAUUAUUCCUGCCUUCAAUGUGCAGAGCAAACUACAUGUAAUUGAGCAUGAAAACAGUUGUUUCAUUAUUAGAGCCUCAAAUUAAUAAUCCUUUCUUGUGGAAGUCCUUCAUCCGAAGGCUGUUUAAUAUGCUGCUGCUUUCAAAUGGGAAAGAUCUGGAACAAAAAUCAAGACCUGAUUCUGAUCUGUUACACUGGUGGAGAUGAGGAAAAUCAGACCCAAAGAGGGUUGUUCUUUUUUAUUAAAAAGGUUGCCCUUCUUUUAGUACACUUAGAAACAUUCCUUCAAAGUAUCUGCUGUUCACAAUUGCUUUUAGUAUUUAAUACUUCAUCGGGGUUUGUCACAUCCUGUGGUGAAAGCAGAAUGCAUUCACUUAGUGUAGUUAUGCCUGUUUGGUGAAUACUGUCUAGUUGGAUAAUCUUUUUGUGUUAACGACAGACAGGUACGAUUGAUCCAUUUAACAAAACUGGUUUUUGUUUUUAAAACUUGGGUAAAAGAGUGGGUAGGUAAUAACACACUUAUACCUAGAUUUCACUAGUUCCAAUCUGAGCAAUAGCGGCUAAAAGGCUUUGACAGCUCCUUGGUGUAUGUGCAGUGAGAUAGCUUUCUGUCCACUCCCUACGGACACAACUGGCAUGUUCAGCACACACUUCCUGGAUCCCAGUAAGGCAUGUUCAGCACAGGAUGAGGGUUUAAGUUCAAGCUGCCCUUCUACCACUAGAGGUAGGUCUUCCAGUACAAGGCAAGCUAGCAUGCCUCUGGAUAAACAGAGGACUUCAUUCUCCAGUGUUGUCAAUUCAGCACCUUUCACAAGCAUUUAAAAAAAAAAAAAUCUCUAGGAUGGGAGAGGAAAAAAAAAAAGCAGUCUUAUUUGGUGCAAUUAAAUGAUGUCACGCCUUUUACUGUAUUACUUUGAAUGGUAGCCAGAGCUACAAAGUCAUUACUGCUUACUGUGCAAAUCUUCUUUUAUACAUUGAUUAUAACAUAGUUCCUCUUUGAGGAAGCUUGAUUUAAUAAGCAAUUUACUGUGCUGUACUGACAAAAAUUGCUGUGUCAUACCUACAGUUUUUAUGAAUGCUGCUAGGCUUACAUUUGUAACAUUUAGAGUGCAGCUGCAAUUGCAAGUAAUGUAGUACUUUUUUACCCAUGCUAGUUUUGGCACAAUUCAGUGCUGUCCCAUUCUAAAUUUGAUUUAGGUAAUUACAAGAUGUCCUUGGUUGCACCUUUUGGGCUUUAGCAAUAGAAAAUGACAAUUACCAAAAACCACAGGCUGGCAGUGUGUUACUGACUUCAG